AUGACGACAUACGCCAAAGAGGCUAGGGAUCUGUACGAAGGGGCGCCAGCGGAACAGCCCAUUAUGCUCCUCACGCUUUUUGAGUUGUGGAUGGCACUCGACAUUUUGGCCGGCCCCCUGCUUUCGAAAGCUGAGCCGUUGGCACGCAUUUCGAGGAUCAAGGCGCACCUGCGCAAGCGCUAUCAUGAAGCUGGCAGUAACCCUCGGUCGGUCUUCUCAGAAGUUGUCGACGCGGAAACCUUCGCAGUCAGAUUUUUCGAUUCAUCCCCGUCGCUCCAGGAUCUUAAGCGCACCAUAGAGCAACAAGCGAUGACGAGUCAAAAACUUCGCGAGCUUCACUUGCUGAAACUUGAAUAUAAGGAAAUAAUGAAACGAGCAGGCUCUCACACUGUGGAUCGCAUGAGGUCUAGGCACAAUCCGGAAUCUUGCGAAGAAUGCUGUUUCAAACGGCGGGCAAGAGCCCUGAGGACAGUUAUUCGCGAAUGGCCUCUUCCACAAGAACCAGUCCGAGCCAAAUUCUUUGUGUUUGAACGAGCAGUCCCUAGCGUUUUCAAAACUUGGAGACGACUUAUUGGCUUCUCCGUGACAUUCAAGUCCCCCUCAGGUAAAGAAUGUCGCGCCCCAAAUUCUCAACAACGAAUAUCCUUCCUGUCGGCUGUGGGACAACAGCCGUCGCAGAUGGAUAUAUCCUCCACUGGUUACUUCGAUCUGAGUCACAGAACGUCCAUGCGGAUACCGGGGGAGUCUCCAUAUGCUUCCUUGGAACGCUCUGUGUUGGGAACAUCCCACACUUCGAACGAAGUUCUUGCGAGCCAACAUGAAUGUCCCACUUCGCUCAGCCUACGCAGUUUUGUCGCCUUCGGUUCGUUACGCGCUGGGGUCCGGUUACAGUGGUACAAUAUUGCCCGAGAGAUUCCCUCCGGAAAUUUAAGUUUUCAGUGCGAGGUGUAUGACCUCAUCUCCCAGGCUGUGUGCCAAGUCGGAUGCCUUUCGAGCGAUGGUAUUUGGGAAUGUCACCAGGUUUUACCAGAGGUGCCAUUCGGUAAUGUGUUAUUGGACGUCCUUGAACAGUUGGGGACGGAUAUGGAGGGUAACUGGUGCCAGGGUAUCGCAGCACUGGCUAUCACUACACUGGCUUCCCGUCUCGGCUAUGGCACAGCCGAUCAUCAAUAG